GCACAUUCAGCGGACAAUCAGCGAACAUAUUAAAGAAAAGUACAAGAUUGAAAAUUACACAGAAGUAUGCAUACAAGCUGAGAUCAUUAACAAGCUUCUUGAUAGUACAUCGUCUGAAGAGGAUGGAGAUUUGAAUUGAAUUUUUUAACAAAUCCAAGUAUCUUCAAAUUCGAGAGAAAAGGAGAGAAAAAAUUGUAGUUAAGCAUAUGCACGAUGAUGGCGAAGAAUUUCCUUUGUUGAAAACAUCUGUAGGAGUUGUGGAGGCCAAGCAGCUUUCACUUGUAUUGACGAACAACAAUUUUAAGACAGUUUGCUAUGAGGAACCCGACAGAGGUAUGCAUCCUCAAAUGAUAGAGCGUAUGAAAGAGGUGCUGCAAAAGAAGUGCAAGGACAAAACUGUAAUUAUUGUUACCCAUAGCCCAGUAUUCAUCGAUUCCUUAUCUGUAAAAAACACGUUCGUAUUCUACAAGGAAGACAGUUCGGAAAGGUGUACGUGUGGACUCAAAGCGUUCGGCAGUGAAGAAGUCUACCCGAUAGUACAAAAAUUAUCUCAAGACGAAACUUUGAAAAAACUUUUCCUUUCUUCAAGAAUUCUCAUUGUUGAAGGUAAAAGUGACCAAAUAGUUAUUGGUGCUAUUUUCAGACAUUUUUUUGCCACCCAAGAAUCAUCUGAGAAAUUUAACAAGAUUUUAAGUCAUCAGAUACUUCAACUUGGAGGGUGCACCAAUGCUUCAGAUGUUCAAGCGGUGUGCAGAAAAAUAAAUUUGCCAUGUCGUACUAUUUUAGAUCGUGACACAUAUGUUGACGUAGACGGCCAGGGUCUUGUAGAGGGAUUUACUGAUAUUAAGGAUUUUGAUACUUUGAAAGAGAGUACUAUAGGAGAGUUCCUUACUAUAGAAAAUGGUUUCAAAAAACUCUCAAAAUGAUUGGAAGAGAAAGAUGAAUUUAUCUGGAAAUAUGGCGACUUAGAAGACUUUAUGUUAAGUGAAAGAAGUUAUCGCAAACAGAUAUUGGACGCGAUUGGCUUAAAAAACACCGAGAAGAUAACAAGAAGAAAACAACUGAAAAAGCUCAUAAAGAAGCAUUUAAUGGACGAAUCUCAAUUGAAUUCUGAAAAGCUUGGAGAAAUUCUAUGCGAAUUUGAAGAAACAAUAAGACUUCUUGAAUUUUUAGCAAGAUAGUCUUCAGAU